AUGAACAGUGACAUAAAAGAUAUUCAAUCCGCAGAAAACACACCAGAGCAACCUGAAGAUGCUUUAGCAGAGGAAGAUGGUGAGUUAGCCGAACUGGAAAGGCAGCAGGCGGCGUUAGAUGCCCUCGAAGCAGAAGCUAAGGCACUUGAAGCUGGUUUCGAAAACACAGCAGAGCAACCUGAAGCAGCUUUAACAGAAGAAGAUGAAUUAGCGGAAUUGGAAAGGCAACAGGCGGCUUUAGAUACCCUCGAAGAAGAAGCUAAGGCACUUGAAGCUGAUCUCGGUAAACGAUUUAUAAUGAAAAAACUUACUGAAGCUUAUUUAAGAGCUAAUUUUAAUUCGUUCUACAUGGUGGAAAUAACAAAUUAA